UCUGCGUAGGACGCGCUAAAAAUUGGAGCCAAGUGGAAGUUGGAGUUGUCAUCUUUGCGCUAGGGCCAGCAAGGGUUGGGACAUCCUCGUCAGCCCGUCUUCGGCCUCCAAAAUCUCCCCUGCCGCCAAGAACCGGUUCCCACCAGCGGAGCUCCAUUGCGGACCGAGUUCCUGACGGGGAUCCGCUAAAAUAUUCGAGACCUGGGAGCGGGGCCGGGUCCGAAGAUAACAAACGAUUUUGAACUGGACCCGAAACGAAACGUAACGGCAGCAGGUGGCCGGGCCGCACCGUGAUCCAGUUUCCCCCGCCGUCAACUGACAAGGACCCGGAUCGGAGCCGCUCGUCCUCAAAUCCACAUAACCCCGUUGCCGAUCCCCGUCCCACGGCGCCGUACAGGACUACCGCCCGGCAUCCAACACGACACCAUGGCUUCCAUUUCCAGUAGGCUCAGCAGCCAGUUCGUCCUGCUUGCACACCGGACGGCGCCAUGUGCCAGGACUCCAUCCCAAGCUUCGGCAACACGUUUCGCCCUGGUCUUCGGCUCCGGCUCCGGCUCCGGCUUCCGCUCCGCCCAAACGGCACGCUUCUUUGCCUCCAAGGCUAAGAAGGCAGCAAAGAAGUCGGCCUCAUCAUCCACCGUCAUCACUACCGUAACCGCUCCUCCCACUGUUAUUCCCGCCUCCUAUGCCGAACAGCUAGCCAAGAAGGGCCGGACCCUCCUGUACGAGGCUCACUCCCACGCCUGGUUCCGCUUCGCCAGCUUCACCACCGGCAGCUUCUGCGUCACCUACUCACUCUACAACUACUGGAACAUCCACCUCAACCCUCCGGCGGACCUGGCCACCUGGGUCCCCUAUGCCUACGGCGUCAUCUGCGCCAUGACCAUUGGCAUGGGCGGCUACUUCUUCAUGGGCAUGCGGCGCAUCAUCCGGCACAUCGAGGCCGUUCCGGCCUCCCAGAUCGCCUCCCAGAUCACCAGCGGCGGUGCCGCCUCUGCCUCUACCAAGAAGUCCAAAGGAUGGGCCGAGCUCCUCACCAUCAAGCCCAAGGCCGUUCCCGUGACCACCCCUACCCCGAUCUACAUCGAGGUCGCCUACAGCCGCGCCAUCCCCUUUUUGCCCAACAAGAAGGAGUACUACCACCCUUCCGAGGUCGAGAUGCCCUUCCGCAUGCAGCUGCUGUGCGAGAGGCUGAACACACUCAGCGCGCAGAAAAACGUCGGGAAGAACCUCCCCACCACCAAGACGGGACAGAUCAUCGCGGCGAGCAAGCAGAAGGCUGCCAGGGAGAAGGAGCGCAAGGAGCGGAUGCAGCAUCUUCUUACCUUGCCUUUCAGGGACGCGGCGAAGGUGUUCCGUGGGGCGUAUGAAGGCCUCAGGAGGUCGUUCUACCGUGAGGGCUUUGCUAAGGUCUAUUUGAGGGGCGUGGAGUAUAAGUUGGAUAUGACUUCUGGAUGGGCGCUGGAUGAUGGACGGGCUAUUGAUCGUUUGGUCCAUGUCAAGCCGAGUGCGAACAUUAACGCUUAUUAAGCGGGCGUGCUUGGGAUGGUGAGCUGGGAGGGGAGGGAGUUGAGGUAUGUACCUACCCCUGACUCGUAGGAUACGAUACCAUUGUAUAGAAUACUGUAGCAUAUAUGUAUAAUGAUACGGGGAUGGUAUGGAGUCAAAAUAAACAAAAGGAUUCCAUGGUUGAGUUGUAAA